AUGGAUAUACAAGGUGGAGGCUUGACCCACUACAAUUUGGGAAACAUGAAAUAUAUGAGAGUCGUGUACGGAGAAGGUCUGAGAGUCCCAAAAACCGCUAAUAAAUUCUGGGACAGAGAAGUAUACUUUUACCAAAAGAAAGGGUAUGCCAGAGGUUAUAUUUGGCACCACAGGUCCAAUGCUACCCAGCAAUGGCUCUUCCACUUCUUAUACGGAGGGUUUGACGGUUUCUUCGUAAAGAGAUACCUCAUUGAUCAUGGAGUUAAGGUUAUGGGAAGACUCUUCUUCUUGCCAGCUGCCCUCUUCUUCAUCGGUUCAUGCCUAGGACAGAGAGAUUAUGACAACAAUGCAUACGAUUAUUUCUAUUUCAGUGAUUAA